CUCUCUUUGUGGAGGCAAACCAGCUUCUCUUAUUUACAAGGGGGCUUGCUUUUGCUGUUGGCUACAGGUUACAGGUUUUGGAUAUUUGCUCUUUUUUAACUGACAAAGAAAUCAUUUUAGAUUGAAAAAAGGCUUGUAUUCACAGGGAAUGCUUUUGCACAGAAGCAUCCCUUGGUUUUCAUACUCAUUUCUCAUCUGUUAAUCGAAUUCACCGCCCACCUCAUCUCAUCUUCUUUCUUUCAGUGUUUGCUUUCUUUAUAUUCCCCGUCCUUUGAUUCUGUUCAUCUCUCUCUCUCACUCUCUCUCUCUCUGUGUCUUUUGUCUUUUCUGCCAGUCUCUCUCAUUUGCUCCCUCCUCACCCCACCUUCCCAACGCCACCUCCUUCUUGCCUCUCUCAGUUGCAGAAGAUGACUGCCAUGGCAAUUCAAUAAGAGGAGCGGACAGCGAGUGAAGCACCCACCACUUGCUAAGAACAAGCAAAGGAGUGCCCAAAAUUAAAAGAAAAAAAAAACAGAAAACAGAGAAAACUAAAAAGAAAAGAGAUUGCAAAAUAAGUAGGAAGGGCUCAGAUUCGAGGAAGUGCAGUGAAAAGAGAGAAGGAGAAAGGGGAGAGAAAGCAAAGGAUAAACGGUGGAUGGAGGCGGUUCGGACCGGGGUUACGAAGCUCUCUUCACUGACGAAGAAGAAGAACAGCAGCAGCAACAGCAGCAGCAGGGGGGACAGGAGAUGGAGACCAAAGGAAGAAGCGUGCCCCCAGACGUCAGUUUCCUUCCACGCCCUGCGAUGGUUUGGUGGGAACGAGGCAUCCAGGUGCUGUUGACCACCAUGGGGGCCUUUGCGGCAUUUGCACUCAUGACGGUGGCCAUCGGCACAGAUUACUGGCUGUAUGCCCGCGCAUUCAUCUGCAACAGCACAGCCAACUCCUCCCAGGAGGAUUCCUCUAGCAACAAGGACAAGAAAGACCCCGGGGCUCUCACCCACUCUGGCCUCUGGAGGAUUUGCUGCCUUGAAGGCUUGAAGAGAGGUGUGUGUUCCCAGAUCAAUCAUUUUCCCGACGACGCAGACUAUGACCAAGAUGCUGCAGAGUAUCUGCUUCGUGUGGUUAGAGCUUCCAGUAUCUUUCCAAUCCUCAGUGCCAUAUUGCUCCUGUUGGGCGGAGUGUGUGUUGCUUCCAGCGGCUUCUACAAGAGCAAAAGGAACAUUAUUCUCGGAGGAGGAAUUCUUUUUGUAGCAGCAGGGCUUAGCAACAUCAUUGGUGUGAUAGUAUACAUCUCUGCAGCUCUCAGCGACAUUUCUCCAAAGAAAGAUGAGGAUAAGAAGUGGCACUACUCUUACGGCUGGUCAUUUUACUUUGGCGGUCUGUCCUUCAUCCUGGCUGAGAUGGUUGGAGUCCUGGCUGUCAACAUCUACAUUGAGAAGAACAAGGAGCUGCGCUGUCGCUCUCGCACUGACCUCUUCAAGAGCACCACGCAUGCCAUGCUGCGUCUGCCCAGCUACCGCUUCAGGCGGCGCUCCCGCUCCAGCUCCCGCUCCACCGACCCGCCCCGUUCACAGGAGACGUCCCCCGUUGGAGCUUCCAAGACCUUCACUCUUCCUCCGUCUGCUCCUCCCUUCUCUGUUGCCACUUUGCCCAACCCACACCACAGCAGCAGUGGCGGGAGUGGUGGAGGUGGUGACAUCUCCAUGUACACCCUGUCAAGGGACUCCAAGCUGGGGAGCCUGGGAGGAGGCGCCCCACCUCUCUACGGCACAGUGGACCGGGCCACGCUUUAUCAGCUUCACAAUUACUUCCCGAAAGAUUCCAGCGGCAGCAGUGGAGGCGCAGGAGGAGGGGCGGUGAUAAGCAGUGGUACGCUCCCAUCUCACUCUAAGUCCAACUUGGCGGCUGCAGCAGCUGCUGCUAAUGCUGCGCCACUGAAUACCUCCACCGCAGCUGCUGCGCCGGCCCAGCCAGCCCCAAUCUCAACAGCUACAAUGGAGCGAGACAGGGGCAACGUUGGAACCCUGGACCGGCUGACAGCCAAAAGGGACAGGGAUAGCAACUCCGAUACACUUAACAGGAAAACAACACCUGUUUAAAAUGGAACCUCAGAGAGAAGGGCCUAGAAGGGCCUCAAAAAGUAUAAAAAGUUAGGGCUUAAAAUGGGUGGGCAACACUUCAACAGUAAGGGUUGUUGUCCUUGAGUCUGGGAGUAUCUAGCUGCCAUAGAUACAAUAUCAUAAACAGUCAUAAAACGCCUAAUACUCUGUGGACAUUGAUGACAACUGCCUGCCUUAAAACAAUCGAAACAUUAGAGUCAGUGUUUUUUUGUUUUUUUUUUUUCAGUUUACUUUUGUUUUCUCUUUUACUAAACCAGUUGUGCAAAUCUGAUAAAAUAACCCCAGAGACAGAAUAGAACAGUUCAUACCUUUAAUUGCCCGGGUAUGAAUCUGUAGAGUUUACUCAUGUAAUGUCUCAUCUGGCUUUUACAAUGUCCGUAAGAGUUCAGAAACACUCAAAGAUGACCAAUAAUAAGACGUGCCAAGAUGAUACAAGCCAUAGUUUUGUCACAUGUCUGUUCAAAGGAACAGAAUGUCACAAAUGAUUGCCACGUGAAGAGCUUUUCAGGGACCAAUUCUAGAUCCUAAGUAGCUGCUUGACCUCUGGUCCACAGAGUAACACCUCACUCACAUCUAACCCAAUGUUAAUGUCACACAAGGGAGCAGUGUGACUCACUACAAGACCAUUUAUUUUUAAUGACAUGUUAGAGAAAUAAAUGUGUCCAGGUCAGACUUCAAGCUUCACUUUGAAUAGUUCUGUACUCUCUAUCACACUGUGUCUGCCUGGCUAAAGCAUUUCUACCAUUUGAGCUUUUUCACAAUUUCUUUCUUUAUAGUCACAAACUUUACUGUAUUUUAUUGGAAUUAUAUGUGCAGCUAACACAAAGUAAUAUAUAAAUGUGAAGUGAAGCCAAAUUAUGCAUCUGUGGGGGAAUUCCCCCAGAUGGCUUUUAAAGAAUGUUACGCCGAUAAAAGUCUAAAACUUAUUUUUACGCUACUAAGUGAAAUCCAGCUAUGUUAACUUCCUUCAGAAGUCACCUAAUUACUGAAUAAUUUGUGAAACUUAAAGUCACUGUCAAUGCACCUUUUCUAUGCAGGCUUCACAUACGGAGAUAUUGCUGAGCUAAUAUGACCCCCAGUUUCACCAUCAGACAGGUCAGGGUUCAUGUCAAACAUUUCAGUUCCCUUUUCAAUCCAUCAUCUGAAAUAGAAACAGAACAACUACAAAGUUGUCAGGACAUGGAAAAAGCAGCCGUGACCCAUGGUAACUCUGGAAUAACACAAAGUCGACCUUUAUUGAAAAGGUGCAAGAAAAAAAAAGUUUAAAUCAAAGCUUUCAUAGGACAUGUUUAUGGCAAAUCUGAAGGAAAGUUGUGAUUAGAUGAGACCAAAAAUGACUAAAAUCCAAAACACUACAGCUACAAAUCAAUAUGUCACAUCAUCACUGCCCACAUAAACAUUAUGGCAUCUGAAUCAUGCUUUUAAAUUCUUUUCAAUACCAAAUCAAGCCAUACUUUUAAGAUUUGUGUUUGAAACCAUUUUAAUUUCACCAUUAUGCAUAACCAUGUAUUUAUUAAUUACUCAAAAUCUGAGUAAAAUACUUUAGAGUUUGUGACUGGAUGUGACAAAACCCAAAUCUAGUUCAAGAGGUAUGAGGACUCCUGACCUUAUAAACAAACAACAUAACCUAAUAUUCAUUUAUUUAUUGUUUAAACAAGAGACUGUUAAAAGUGCAUAUAUGCCCAAACUGAGACUGAACUUAGAUUAUUAUUUUUCCGGUGUCUGUCAAAUAUUUUGUCUUUUCUUGUGAAACAUCAGGAUAUCCAAGAUAUUGUAUAGGUAAAGUUAGGGAAGGUAUCAGCUGUGGUAAAGUAUAUUUUUUGAAACGAUCAGCUGAAGUUUCUCAGUUAGGGAAUGAUCAUAAUUGCAGCUAUAAGUGCAACGGAAAUUAAUUGCAGAUCACGAGUGAGCAGCUGCACUUUUGACUCUGCUCAUAAAUUAUGGUCACGGUGUGUCAUCAGGAAGCCUCAGAGUCAAAGGAAGUUUUAUUCUCAUAGAGAGAAUGUUGUGCACAUUAUAUGAUAUUUAAUUGGUUUAAAUGUUUUAGGGCAUUUUAUGACUGUUUAUGACAAUAAUUAGAUACUGGAGGCUCAAAGGCAGCAUCUGUUGAAUGUUCCUGCUAAGGGCUGAAAAAGCAAGCAACAGGCUGGGGUUGGGAUCAACUUACACUCAGGGGGUGAAAUUUUAUUUAGAGUCAAAAAUUAAAAAUUACAGUCAUCUGUUGCUCUGUACAAAAUAUUGGCGUAUUCAAACUAUCUGUGUAACAGUAGUAUCUAGCACAUCACUAAAUAAGAGAAUUGCAAGAAGUUAGUCAAAUUUCAGGUGAAGCACAUUCUACAGGGUAUUUUUAAGGUGGUAUACUAAGUAGUUAAAAUCUGAAAAAUAAAUUUCUGAUUUGAUUUUCCAGACAUUCAGCACUAGACUCUUAGAUUUUUUUAAGUUCCAGACUGAUGUACAGAAAUCUGAAUGCAGUUUGAGCUGAACAAAUUAGCCCAACCCUUGCUAU